GGCAGCGGCGACUGGAGCGGGGACCGGCGGCGGGAAGAGGCGAGCCAGGGUGCAGUCCUGGGUGCUCAGGAGGCUGCUGAGACGCCGCGGAGAACCGCUAGAGCGCGGAGGAGGGCAGCGGAGCGCUGGGAGCCGGCGGCCCCGGGGCGGCCUCCCAGUCGGGAUCCCCUCCCCUGUGUGCAGCCAUGCGGGUGGCCAAGUGGCUGACCGGGUUGCUUUGCCCGAUCUCGCUCCUUCUCACUGGGUCCUGGGAAGUUCGUUUCCACCCACGACAGGAAGCCCUGGUGAAGACUCUGGCCUCCUACGAAGUGGUGACUCCCACACGGGUCAAUGAGUUUGGAGACGUGUUCCCCCCAAACCGGCAUUUCAGCCGGAAGAAACGUAGCUCCGGGGUGCCGGAGCCUCCUCCGCUCAGGACCCACUACCGUAUCAGCGCCUACGGGCAGCUCUUCCAGCUGAACCUGAGCGCUGACUCGGCCUUCCUGGCUGCAGGCUACACUGAGGUGCACUUAGGGACCCCGGUGCCUGGACCAGGCGGGCGCAGCACGGAGCCCCCAGACCUGCGCCACUGUUUCUACCGUGGCCAGGUCAACGCGCGAGAGGAUCACACUGCAGUCUUCAGUCUAUGUGGGGGACUGAUGGGAACAUUCAAAGCAAACGAUGGGGAAUAUUUCUUAGAACCAGUCCUGAAGGCAGAUGGGAGUGAGCAUGAAGAUGACCACAACAAGCCACAUCUCAUUUACAGACAGGAAUUAAAGAGGAACUCCUUCGCACAGUCUCACGGGCCAUGUGAAGUUUCAGAAAACCAAAUGGAGAAAACGGCUUUGCCCUCUCAUAGCUUCCGGAACACGACUGGAGACGUUAACAAAAAGGAGGAAGCGGUGCUCAGACUGGAAGGUGAACGGAGCCAGUUACAUUCCAGGAAUAAGCGUUUUUUAUCAUACCCAAGAUACGUGGAAGUUAUGGUUACGGCCGAUGCUAAGAUGGUUCACCACCAUGGGCAGAAUUUGCAGCACUAUGUGCUGACACUAAUGUCAAUUGUUGCUGCAAUCUACAAGGAUUCAAGCAUUGGGAACCUUAUAAAUAUAGUGAUUGUGAAGUUAGUUGUAAUUCACAGUGAACAGGAAGGACCCGUGAUCAGUUUUAACGCCGCCACCACCUUACGCAACUUUUGCUUAUGGCAACAGAGUCAGAAUGUCCCCGAUGAUGCUCACCCUGACCACCACGACACUGCUGUCCUCAUCACUAGGGAAGACAUUUGCGGAGCUAAAGAGAAGUGUGACACAUUAGGCUUAGCGGAGCUCGGCACCCUGUGCGAUCCUUCGCGGAGCUGCUCCAUUAGUGAAGAGAACGGGCUGAGCGCAGCCUUCACCAUUGCCCACGAGCUUGGGCACGUGUUUAAUGUUCCCCAUGAUGACAGCUUUAAGUGUAAAGAGGCUGGGGUUAAACAUCAGUAUCACGUCAUGGCCCCAACUCUAAAUUACCACACGAGUCCUUGGACCUGGUCGGCGUGCAGUCAGAAGCACAUAACAGAGUUUCUAGACACUGGCCAUGGAGAAUGCCUUCUCGACAAACCCAAUGGAAGAACCUAUGACCUGUCUCCACAGCUUCCGGGCUCAGUGUACGAUGGGGACAAACAGUGCGAGCUCACGUUUGGUCCUGGAUCGCAAGUGUGUCCCUACUUGAAACAAUGUCGGCGCCUGUGGUGCACGAGUGCUGAAGGCGUCCACAAGGGCUGUCGCACACAGCACAUGCCGCUGGCAGACGGGACGAGCUGUGGUCCCGGGAUGCACUGUCACCGCGGGCUGUGUGUGACCAGGGACAUGGAGACCCGACCUGUGGAUGGCGAGUGGGGACCAUGGGGACCCUACAGCUCGUGUUCGAGAACCUGUGGAGGUGGGAUCAAGAGCACGGCCAGGCUCUGUGACCGGCCCGAGCCACGAAACGGAGGAAGGUACUGUGUGGGCCGCAGGAUGAAAUUUCGAUCAUGUAACACUGAUUCAUGUCCAAAAGGCAAGCGAGACUUCCGAGAAAAGCAAUGCUCCGACUUUGAUGGUAAACAUUUCGACAUCAACGGCCUCCCCCCCAAUGUGAGGUGGCUUCCGAAGUACAGCGGGAUUGCCAUAAAAGACCGCUGUAAACUCUAUUGCCGUGUCGCUGGGACCACCAGCUUCUACCAGCUGAAGGACAGAGUUGCUGACGGGACGCCCUGUGGGACGGAAACCAACGACAUCUGUGUCCAGGGCCUCUGUCGGCAAGCUGGCUGUGAUCAUGUGUUAAACUCCAAGGCCAAGAGAGACAAAUGUGGAGUGUGUGGUGGUGAUAACUCUUCAUGCCAGACCCUGGCGGGUGUCUUCAACAGUGCCCAUUAUGGUUACAAUGUCAUUGUAAAGAUCCCUGUGGGGGCUACAAACAUUGAAAUUCUUCAGCACAGCUAUUCUGGAAGACCGGAAGAUGACAACUAUCUUGCAUUAUCUGACACUCAGGGGAACUUUCUUCUGAAUGGAAACUUUGUUGUAAGUAUGGCAAAGAAAGAGAUCAACAUCCAGGGCGCUGUUUUUGAAUACAGUGGGUCAAACAACUCGAUUGAAAGAAUUAAUAGCACGGACCGGCUGGAGGCGGAGCUUGUCCUGCAGGUGUUGUGUGUGGGUAAUUUAUACAACCCUGACGUGCACUAUUCCUUCAACAUCCCCAUUGAGGAGAGAAGUAAUCUGUUUUCCUGGGAUCCCUAUGGACCGUGGCAAGACUGUACCAAAAUGUGCCAAGGUCUUCAUAGAAGAAAGAUUGCCUGCGUUCGUAAGAGUGACCAUGCAGUUGUAUCUGACCAAAGUUGUAGCCACUUACCGCUGCCACCACUUGUGACUGAAAAAUGCAAUACGGACUGUGAACUCAGGUGGCACAUCACUGGGAAAAGCGACUGCUCAUCCCGGUGUGGACAAGGAUACAGGACUCUAGAUGUUCACUGCAUGAAGUACUCAGUUCACAAAGGGCAGACUGUCCCGGUGGGAGACCAGUACUGUGGUGACCAGCGCAAACCUCCCAGCCGGGAGCCGUGCCACGGCAGCUGUGUCCUGACAAGGUGGCAUUAUUCAGAGUGGUCCCAGUGUUCUAGGAGUUGUGGCGGUGGAGAGAAGACUCGGGAGUCCUACUGCGUAAAUGGCUUUGGCCACCGCCUUGCUGAAGGAGAGUGCUGGGAGCGUCCUCAGGCGGUGCUGGAGAGCUGCAAUGAAUUUCCGUGUCCAAGCUGGGCAACUAGUGAGUGGAGUGAGUGUCCUGUCACGUGCGGGAAAGGGAUGAAGCAGAGGCAGGUUUGGUGUCAGCGGAGCGAAGACCCUGUGAGGGAUGGCUUCUGUAAUGCCAGUACCAAGCCCGAGUCGCUGAGACCCUGUGAGCUCCGGGCGUGCGCUUCCUGGCAUGUAGGACCAUGGGGCUCUUGCACAACCACCUGUGGACACGGGUAUCAGAUGCGUGCUGUUAAGUGUAUCAGUGAGAUAUUUGGCACCAUGCUAGAUGACAGAGAAUGCCCGCCAGCCAGCCGGCCAAGUGACAGACAGGACUGCAUAUUUGCACCUUGCCUGGCUAUUCCAAAAGAUUUGGCCACCUCCUUACCAGCCAUUCCCCUGGGAAAGGCAGCACAGUGGCGCCAUGGAUCUUGGACCCCAUGUUCUGUGUCCUGCGGAAGAGGCAGUCAGGCCCGUUAUGUGAGCUGCCGAGAUGCUCACGAUGAAGUGGCCGACGAGUCGAACUGUGCCCACUCGCCUCGACCUGCUGCGGUGUCUCUCUGCUUCAGCCCCUGUGGAGAGUGGCGGGCAGGGGAUUGGUCCCCGUGUUCAGCCUCCUGUGGACGUGGGAAAACCACCCGACGGGUUUUAUGCGUGAGCCACCACCAACUGGUCGACGAGAGUUACUGUGACCCCGAAGGGCGUCCUGUGACUGCACAAGAAUGUAGCCUGGCAGCCUGCCCACCCUCCCACGGCUCCUCUGAGAAGCCAAGCCACGUUCCAGGCAGAAACGUUCCAUUAACUCACAAACCAGGAGAGAAUCAAGAUCAGGGGGUCCAGCUGUCAAUCAGAGGAAACCAGUGGAGAACAGGCCCUUGGGGAGCAUGCUCCAGAAGCUGCGCGGGCGGUCUUCAGCACAGGGCUGUGGUCUGCCAGGAUGAAGAUGGGAGAAGCGCUACUUCCUGUGAUGAGGCCUCCAGGCCCCCAGAGUCAAAGCACUGCGGCUCUGGACCUUGUCCACACUGGAAUUAUGGGGACUGGGGAGAAUGUACACAAACCUGUGGUGGAGGGGUAAAAUCAAGAUUUGUGAUCUGUCAGUUUCCCAAUGGCCAAAUGACACAGGAACACAGCUGUGAACUACCCAAGCCACCCAGCAUGAUGCAAUGUCACCUGCAUGCCUGUCCUGAUGAAGUGUCCUGGUAUCGGGGACCAUGGAAAUCGUGCUCAGCUUCUUGUGGUAAAGGUAUAAAGUACCGGGAGGUUCUUUGUAUUGAUCAAUUCCAAAGGAAAUUAGAAGAAAAAUAUUGCAGUCAUUUGCAUAAGCCUCGAACUCACAAAGCUUGCAGAUCAGGACGAUGCCCUUCAUGGAAAGCCAAUAAAUGGAAGGAGUGCUCUGUGACCUGUGGGUCAGGGGUGCAGCAGAGGGAGGUCUACUGCAGACUGAGAGGCACUGGUCCAGUGGCUGAAGGCAUGUGUGAUCCGUCCGCCCGGCCUCAGGGGCGGCGGCAGUGCUGGCGUCAAGACUGCAUGAGGUACCACUGGACGACAGGAGACUGGCUAGACUGUUCAACAUCGUGUAAGAAAAAAGAGACCUAUCGACUGGUGAAAUGCGUGAAUGAACAAAACAUACAAGUGAAUGAAAGUCUCUGCGACCCUUUAAUGAGACCUCUUUCAGUCAAAAAGUGCCGGAAUCCUCAUUGCCAGUACAUGGUGGUUACAGGAGACUCUUCACAGUGCACAGGUAACUGUGGGUUCACUUCCCCACAGAAGAUUACAUACUGCACUAGGAUCCAGUCCUCUAAGAAGCAGGGGCUCCAUCAGCUUCGGCCUGUAGUCUAUGGGGACUGUCCCGUGAUACCCUCUCCCCAGGGGUACAAAUGCGACCUUAGAAGCUGUCUUCGAGUAGCCACCUGGAAAGUGGGGAAAUGGAGCAAGUGCUCAGUAACUUGUGGAAAUGGGAUAAUGGAGAGAAGAGUAGCGUGCAGGACUGAGAACGAUUGGCCCAGUGACUUAUGUUUAAAGCGUUUAAAGCCAGAUGCCCAAAAGAAAUGUCAUGCCAGUGACUGUAAAUUACUUACCACCUGCAAAGAAUUCCAAGUUGCAAACAACAUUACCAAGGAUGGUGACUAUAACCUUAACGUCCAGGGAAGAAUGUUGAAGAUCCAUUGCUCAGGCAUGCAGCUGGAGAAUCCUAGAGAAUAUUUACCACUGGUCAAAACUGAAGACAACUUUUCUGAAAUAUAUGGCCUUAGACUUCACAAUCCCUAUGAAUGCCCCUUUAACGGAAGCAGGAGGCCAGACUGCGCAUGCGAAAACGACUACCUACCUGCCGGAUACACUGUUUUUAGCAAAGUGAGACUGGAUCUGGAAUCCAUGCAAAUCAAAACUACAGAUCUUCUUUUCUCCCAGACACUAUUUGGAAAGGCAGUUCCAUUUGCCACAGCUGGAGACUGCUACAGUGCAGCCAAAUGUCCACAGGGGCAGUUUAGCAUCAACUUAGCAGGAACUGGGAUAAAGAUAUCCAGCACAGCAAAGUGGCUCGCUCAGGGGAGGCAUGCCUCGGUCAUCAUCCACAGAUCUCAGGACGGAACCAAAGUCUACGGCAGAUGCGGAGGGUUCUGUGGGAAGUGCAUUCCUCACAUGGCUACGGGGCUCCCAAUCCAAGUACUAUGAACAUUCAAAGCUUGGAAGUACCACAAAAUGGGGAGGGGGGUGGGUGGUGCUCUGUGAAAGCACAGGUGUCUGGUGCUCCUUUCUCACUCCUGGCUUCCUGAGACUUCCAUAUUCGAACCUUUCUUUGGGUGCUCAUAGGGGUUUCAGACCACUUACUAUUUAUAGGUUUCCAAGAGGAACUUAACAGACAUAUCACUCUAACCAGGAUUAUUUUUAAAUAUCAUAAUUUAUUAUAGGUAAUACAAGCAAAAUGUUUGAAUGGAUUAUACGAAGAAAAUAUUGCUAUUCAAAGCUUAGAUUGGACCAUAAUUAUGUUAUACUGUUAAACACACACAUAAGUUAAUUCCUG